AUGGAAGGCCAAGAUGCCUUGAUGAACGGCGGCAACCUGCCCGAGUCUCCCUACCUCUUCAGCACCGUCAAAAUCAUAUUUGCUGACAACUCAAUCUACUGGGUUCCGGUCCAUCGGUUGGAGAGAUAUCCUAGGUUCAGGCUCUCCUACAACAGGGACAGAGAUGCCGUGAAGCUCAACUGGCUGAACGAGACACAAACGGCUGAUUUCAUGAACUAUCUACGCAACGGAAAAUGGGAGAACCAAAAGCCAGAGGACUGGGACGGACCACUGGAUUACUACAACAGGAUGCAACGAUGUCUGUCGAUCCACGGUCUGGCUUUGGACUACGGGAUGUUCGAGCUCGCUAGACUCACCUUUGGAGAAUUCACCAGCAUGGCUGGUCGACUAUCAAUGUUCAAUGUCUUGGAGAUGCUUCAAGUAGUCAAUUUGACGCUUCAGAGCAACCAGACCGUUUCGGCCGACCACCUCACCGAACGAGAACUAGUUGCUAUGGGUGAGGAGGCCAUCAUGGCGGAACACAUCGCAAGCUUCAAAAGACUAUCACUAGUCGAACAUUCUCCAACACCCACCAACAUUACUCAGGCUGAAGUAAGCGAGAUGAUGCACAAGCUCCAACAGUACCAAGAGAGGUUCGGAUCUCUGAACUAUGGAGACUCCGUCAAAGCAGAGGUCGCGUCCUCGGAGUAA